UAAUUUCCCCUCUCUCUCCCCCAGGUUGGGUGAUCGGGGAUGAAGUCUCAUGAAUUCCCUCAUUGGAGCUGACAUUAAUAGUCAGCAGGAACAAGUGCAUAUUCUUCACAAGACAAACAUCCCCUCAUUUCCCCUACAACAUCCGUCUAACAGUCCCAGGUGACCUACGCACGCCAUGGCCAGCCGAAGGAAGACCACGACCCCUUGUAGAGCUGAUGCUGUUUUUAGAGGUGAUGAGAUGAUGGGGCAAGAGGAUCCAGGUGAGAUGGAGGUGGAGGUAUCGGCGAAUGACAAAAGCACAGUGGUGAAUGGCUCCACAGAGAUGCUUCCUGGAGAGGACUGGAGCUCUGGGACAGAGCCUAGUGGUUCACGUCGGGAGUCGCCGGCCCCUGAGAAACCUAAUGCGGUGGAUCCAAGGCCUCCGAGGAAGCAGCAGGGAGGCUAUGAAUGCAAGUACUGUCCGUUCUCUACGCAGAACCUGAAUGAGUUCAAGGAACACGUGGACUCCAAUCACCCCAAUGUCAUUCUCAACCCGCUCUACCUGUGUGCUGUGUGCAACUUCAACACAAAGAAGUUUGACACCUUGACAGAGCACAACGAGAGGUGUCAUCCAGGGGAGAGCAACUUUAAGUUCAAGAGAAUCAAACUGAACAAUCAGACCAUCCUAGAGCAGUCGAUAGAAGGAACAAGCAACGCUGUCGUCUGUGAUUCAACCAACGGCUUUCUGACUGGAGAAGACUUUGCCACUUUCCCCCUGAGCAAAUCCACCACAGUGAAGAUUAGUAAGCCAAAAACAGACAACAAACGGUUAUUCACAGAAAGUCAACCGGACAGACUCAACCCCGAGCUCCCCAGGAAGCAGAUCGCCGCCGUGAAUGUGAACGGGACCGUGAUCAUCCCAGAAGCGACCCUAAAAGAUGGCAUCUCUCAUAUCAUGCCUUCUCUUCAGCGCCCGCCUAACUACAACUUAGUACCAAAAAUCGCUGUCCCUUUGAACACCUCCAAGUACAACCCUUCACUGGACAGUAACAUGACACUCAUCACAUCCUUCACCAAGUUCCCGUACCCGACCCAAGCGGAGCUGUCCUGGCUUACCGCUGCCUCCAAGCACCCCGAGGAACAGAUCAAGGUGUGGUUCACCCUCCAGAGACUGAAGCAAGGCAUCAGCUGGUCCCCUGAAGAGGUGGAAGAAGCUCGGAAGAAGAUGUUCAACGGUACCAUCCAGUCAGUCCCACAGACCACCUUCACCGUGCUGAGCGGUGCCCAGAUGGCCCAGUCCACCAAAGGACAACAGUCCCUAGUUCAAUCCGUCCCCUUCAACCUCCUGGGACAGACCAGUUAUGUGUUGACGCAGGUUGCAAACGGCUCAGCUGUCAGUUGUUCUCCCAUCACACUAACCAUGGCAAACCAGGUCGUGCAGUCAGUUAAGCGACCCUUGGUAGCUCCAGUAGUGGCCUCUUCAGAGAUCAAACGUCCCUCCAUAAUCCAAACGAUUCAGGCACCUAGACUGGUGGCUUCGCCUAAACCCAGCUUCACUUCAGACUCCAAUAAAACCCCGGACCAGAUUGUUGUACUGAAAGCUAGUUACACCCAGUGCCAGUUCCCUGAAGAGGAGGAAGUGUACCGCCUCAUUGAGUCCACCGGCCUCUCUAGAGGAGAAAUCAAGAAGUGGUUCAGUGAGCAACGACUCCUCAAUCACAAGGUGGCGCCACAGGUGAUCAAGAUUGAGCCCCAGGCAUCGAAAGACAGUCAGCCCAAAAAGGCUGUCCCCACCCAGUUUCCUCUCCUGGAGAGGCUCAAAGGCAAAUCCUCUGAGCAGCUCAAGAUGCUAGAGGAGAGUUUUCAGAGGACCAGCUCUCCCACUGAAAUUGACGUUGACAACCUUGUUGUGGACACAAGGCUCUCCAAGACGGAGAUCGACUGCUGGUUCUCCGAGCGCAGAGCACUGCGGGACAACUUGGAGCAAGCCCUGGCAAACUCCAUGGGUCCUAAGAGCCUUGAGGAGCAACGAGGGAUACUGAAUGGUGUUUACGAACAGGACAGCAAAGUCCGGUGCUCACCUCUUCCCAUCGUCACCACUUCCACCAGUCCUGAGCCCAUCGAUAGGAAAUCCCUAGGGCUUCUCAAAGAGGUGUUCACCCAGACCCAGUGGCCGUCGCCAGAGGAGUACAGCCAGCUGGAGGGACAGACAGGUUUGUCUCGCACAGAGAUUGUCCGCUGGUUCAAGGAAAACCGAUCCGCCCUGAAGAAUGGAACCUUGGACUGGAUGGAACAGUUCCAGAAAGUCAACGGCAAAGCAGGACACAAUGGUCAGAGCUCGUCAGGGAUCACUGAACGACCCCCAAGCAGCAUUCUCCAGCAGCACUUCACAGAGGCCAAGACGACACUGCUUUCAGCAGAAGACGCAGAGAAGCUUCCAUUGCAGUCGAAACUCAUCAACCAGGACAUAGUCCAGUGGUUUACCAGUAAGCUGGGCCAGAGUAUGACAGACAUCAGCAGGGACCAACAUGGACAGGCCAACGUGGACAGAAGCAGAUGGGUGAAGGUGACCAUGGCUGUAGGGGACGAGACUAAAGGUGCUUUGGAGAACCAGAAGAUGGGAUCAGAAGCAGAGGUGCUGAUGGGAGACCAACCUGGUCGGGUGACUGGAUGAGAAGAGCACGAGGAUACUGAGUUUCUCAGGCAGAAGAUUCUCCAGAUAGUUGAAUCUGGAACCAAUGAUUUCCUCCCUGGCCUGUGACAUCAGCACGGUGGACAGUCCACUCCAAACACUGACUGGCAAGACCAUUGAGUGCCAAAGCUGGACUUGAUGCAUCAUUAUUAUUACACUUAAUAAAAAAGGGUCCUUGUACAUAUUUUUCUGUAUUGCAAAAGCUUUGUAAACAUUUUCAGGGUUGCUGGUUUUUACAUUUCUAACAGGAUUCGAUAACCCCUAAAAGAGGAAUGUUUUGGUUUUUAUGAUGGUAAUUGUAAACCAAUUCAUCAGUUGGUAAUUAUUUUUAACAAAACAUUUAGUGACUGACAGCUGGCACUUAUUUCAAGUGGAUAGACAGGUAACACUUGUGAUCUGAUAACCAGUGAGUUCAUCCAUUGGACUAAAGGGUUUAUAGUGGUUCUCUACCAGACCAUAGAAUCACCUAGCCUGGGUACCAGAUGUUGGCAUAUGACAAGGAGUGGAAUGAUGGCACAAACAGGUCUGCUACCCGGGCUAAGAAUCACCUACUUACAUUACAAUAACAGUUCUCUCCCUCUCUCAUGCUGAAUGCUACUGCUGCCUGAGACGACAGUCAGACACAGAAUGGACAUGAAUAAAAACAGUUCUCUCCCUCUCUCAUGCUGAAUGCUACUGCUGCCUGAGACGACAGUCAGACACAGAAUGGACAUGAAUAAAAACAGUUCUCUCCCUCUCUCAUGCUGAAUGCUACUGCUACCUGAGACGACAGUCAGACACAGAAUGGACAUGAAUAAAAACAGUUCUCUCCCUCUCUCAUGCUGAAUGCUACUGCUACCUGAGACGACAGUCAGACACAGAAUGGACAUGAAUAAAAACAGUUCUCUCCCUCUCUCAUGCUGAAUGCUACUGCUGCCUGAGACGACAGUCAGACACAGAAUGGACAUGAAUAAAAACAGUUCUCUCCCUCUCUCAUGCUGAAUGCUACUGCUACCUGAGACGACAGUCAGACACAGAAUGGACAUGAAUAAAAACAGUUCUCUCCCUCUCUCAUGCUGAAUGCUACUGCUACCUGAGACGACAGUCAGACACAGAAUGGACAUGAAUAAAAACAGUUCUCUCCCUCUCUCAUGCUGAAUGCUACUGCUACCUGAGACGACAGUCAGACACAGAAUGGACAUGAAUAAUAACAGUUCUCUCCCUCUCUCAUGCUGAAUGCUACUGCUACCUGAGACGACAGUCAGACACAGAAUGGACAUGAAUAAUAACAGUUCUCUCCCUCUCUCAUGCUGAAUGCUACUGCUACCUGAGACGACAGUCAGACACAGAAUGGACAUGAAUAAUAACAGUUCUCUCCCUCUCUCAUGCUGAAUGCUACUGCUGCCUGAGACGACAGUCAGACACAGAAUGGACAUGAAUAAAAACAACAAGAAAAUGCACUGUACAUGUUUUUUGUAGUUCAGUCUCAUUUUUGAAUUGCAGCGUCCGUUGCAUCAGUAACUGGUCUUUUCUCGUGUUGGCUUUCUAGAUAUCCAUAGAUAUCCUAGGUGUAGUUAGGCUCCAUUUCAAUGGCUCGCUCCUUGAGUUUCCUGCUUCUUCUAUUAGUGAAUCAUGUUCACACAUGUAUCUGGAAUACUGUACUGCUACCAAGAAUCUCUUUGCUUGCUCUUUUUUUUUUAUCCGUCUGCUGUAACUCAAUAAAACACAACCAACUGAA